AUGGCUGUUUCUUUGCUUUUGCAAUUACUUUUCAUCUUUCUACUUUCACCAAAAUUUACCACACCAAAUGCUACGCAUGCUCAAACACAAUAUUGCUUAGAGAAUGAGAAAACUUUGUUGCUUGAGUUGAAGAAUGAACUGGUGUUCAAUUCAUCUUAUUCAGAAAUACUGGUGCACUGGAAUCAAAAGGAUGAUUGUUGCUUUUGGAAGGGUGUGGAGUGCGACAACACAGGCCAUGUUAUCCAUCUGCGACUCGACUAUGGGCGUCUCAGGUGGACUAAACGAGUCGUCGAGUCUUUUCAGACUCAAAUACCUGGAAGAGCUGAGCUUGGCAGACAAUUCAUUCUCAGAUUCAGUGGCGCAAUUCCUUCCACGCUCAGCAAUCUGACACAGCUUGUUCAUCUGGUGAUGGCAGACAACUUCUUCAGCGGCUCAAUUUCUUCAGGCCACUUUGAAGGUUUUGCAAAAAUUGAGUUGGACAAGAUUCUAAGCCUAAUUCCCAACCUUCGAGUUCUAACUCUUUCGAAAAACAACUUGUCACGUUUAAGUUCAAACCCUUUCCCAGUAAGCCAAUCCUCAUUGGAUCACCUGGACCUUUCGGAUAACAAGAUUGCAGGGGAAAUUCCUAGUUGGAUUUGGGAAAUCGGAAACAGAUCACUUACCUAUUUGAACUUUUCUUGUAAUAUGCUAGUUGGUUUCCAAAAGCCUUAUAAAAUUCCAUCCUCUCUCCAUUUCCUGGACUUGCACUCAAACCAGCUUCGCGGCGAGUUUCCCUCACUCUCAAUGCUGAAAUAUCCUACAAAUGUGGAUUUCUCAAAUAAUUAUUUUGAGAAGUUUGGGAUUCUUGAAACCGGAACUGAUGCAAGAGUAUCACUCAGGAACAAUAGCUUGUCUGGAUCAAUUCCGGCCUUCUUUUGCAAGGCUGCAAGCUUUGUUGUUCUUGACUUGUCCGUUAAUUACCUGAGCGGUAGCAUUCCCCCGUUGUCUGUUUGA